UGCUCGGUGUGUGGUGCAAGAUAAGGGGUUUUAACGAGAUGGCACAUCCAAUUAGGAACAAAAUCUUCCCCUUUGGAUGCUGGGAAGUGGGACAAAUAUUGAUUGUGGUAGACUUUUCAGUUUAUGAAUGUGAGAUCAUCCUCGACAUUUAGCGACCUUGCGGGGAGUGCGCGAAUGGACGACACGGGGGAUGUGUGUGAGGUAUAAAGAAAAACCAAUAAGCAAGGAGAUUACCGCGUGUUGAUUGAUUGAUGACAAAUUGAAAGCACACGCAUGGACAGAUCCCUCGAUGCUGAGGAAGAAGCUUCUCGCAUGGGAACAGCCAGCAGCGGUGUGUGCAAGUGUUGUGCUUUAGAUGGAGGAGAUCGUCUCACCUGGAGAGACUCGUCCCCUCCCUUCACUCGAUCAUCUCGCCACAUGCACGUUACUUUUCCAUAUUGUUUCUCUUCAUCCAGCAUGUGGUUUGUGUUUUCAGCGACGUGCGCCUGGAGUGGGUGGAAGUGGUGGUGGUGAAUGUUUCCAAAGCAAAACCAUGAGGAUGAAUUUGGAUUGGUGACUGUGAAUCAUUGACGCGGGAAGCUCGGGCUUCUUUCAUAUAAAUACCCAUCAAAAUCGUGGCAAAAUCAGUCCUCUGCUAGACUUUGUCCUGUACACCCCAAAAUAAAAUUUUCUACAAACCACUUCGUCCACAGGCGAGGUCGUUUAAAGUUCUUUAAGUAAAUCCCCAGUGAUCUGCAUCAACAACAUGUAUAAGUUGUCAAUUCUCAUUGCAUUCUUUGCCAUCUGCGGUGCGGCAUGGGCACAGAAUGGAUAUAGCUACCCAAGACCGGAUCAGGCGCUACCGGGUGGCCAGAGCACAAUUAGACCCAUUGGAGGUAGUGGAACAACACCUAGUUACCCUGGAAGUACGGGAUAUCCUUCUGGUCGUCCAGGCGGUGCUGGAUUUACUCCUUCGGGUCCUGCUGGUGGCUUUUCUCCAUCUGGAGCUGCUCCUGGUGGUUUCACUCCAUCUGGAGGUACUCCAGGUGGCUUUUCGCCAUCUGCAGGUGCCCCUGGUGGUGGAUAUCCUUCAAGUGGAUCUCCUGCCACUGGACGCCCAGGUACCUUCGGUGCUCGUCCAGGUGGAGAUGAAUAUCCCACAAGUGGUGAUGGAAGCUACCCCAGUCAACCUGGAACCGGUUAUCCAGGCUCUGCCCCAUCAGGCCCAUCUACAUAUCCCGGAUCUGCUCCCUCUGGUCCAACAGGUGGCUUCCCAUCGCAGCCCGGGGCACCCGGAGCUUUUCCAGGCACUCCCGGACGCACUCCUGGUUCCUCCGCUCCUGGCUUUCCUGGUGCCUCUGCCCCAUCGGGUCCUGCUGGUCGCCCUGGGGCUCAAUUCCCAGGUGCUCAACGUCCUGGUUCAACUCAAUAUCCAGGAGCUCCUGGUAGUUUCCCAUCUGGUCCAUCCGGUGGAGCCCCUGGAACGGGCUUCGGUAGCCAACCCGGAGGACGUCCUGGAGGAAAAUUCGACGAUGGACAGUACGAAGGUGGGGACUACUCUGCAAUUCCUGGAGAACCUGGUGUAGACUAUCCCAUCUACAGCGAGAUCCCAACGACAUCCUUCGACUGUGUACAACAGCAGUGGCCCGGAUAUUACGCGGAUGUUGAGGCCCAGUGUCAAGUGUUCCACAUUUGUGCCCUGAACAAAACAUUCAGCUUCCUAUGUCCCAAUGGCACAAUCUUCAGUCAGGAGCAUUUGGUUUGUGUCUGGUGGAAUCAAUUCGACUGCGCAACUGCUCCUGGACUCUAUGGGAAUAAUGCCUACAUCUAUGACUACAGCAAGACAGGGCAGCCUGGUUCCCAAGGACCCCAAGGACCCGGAGCAUCGACGCUGGCUGGACCGGGUGUGAGUGGACCAGGAAUUCAGGGAACUGGUGGAUUCCCGGGUGCUCAAGUUCCAUCGGGACCAGGAGGUUUUCCAGGCGCACAAGUCCCAUCUGGACCAAGUGGUUUCCCCGGUAGUGCACCUGGACCACGGGGACCAACAUCAGGAACUGGUUCAUAUCCGGGUGCUCAACUUCCCAGCGGCCCAGCAGGUGGUUUUGGACCAUCUCAACCCGGUAGUGCUCCUGGCAGUGGAUACCCUGGAUCCGGACCAACAGCCACCUAUCCAGGUGCUGGACAGACCCCAUCAGGUGUAGCUCCAGGUACCCCAGGCUUUGCUCAAACUCCUAGUGCUCCGGGUAUUGGAUAUCCAGGUGUUACGGGACCAGCUGGCGGCUACCCUGGUGCCAGUCAACCUUCUGCCCCUGGAACAUAUCCUCAGGGCCCAUCAACAGGAGCUUACCCAGGUACAACAGGUGGUUUCCCAAGCACCGGUAGCUACCCCGGUACACCAGCCCCUGGCUACCAGGGUGGAUACCCCUCCCAACCCGACUCUGGAUAUCCCUCUUCGGCUACACCUCCCAAUCGCGAGUAUCUUCCGCCACGUCGGCAGUAGGUGCAAUGAGAGACAACUCAACCGUUGAUGACGGAUAGAGUUCCUGCCAAGUAACAUUUCAGCAUUUUCACCUCCCCACAGCAUCCCACAAACCGAGGAGACGCCUAAAAAGUUCAGCACUUACACUGAUUUGCGACAGCAAAAGGAAGUCACAAGAUUUCCUGAAGUAUCACAAUUCAGCUAAAAUAUCAGUGCUGUUAGUUUUGGGCCUCAAAGCACAUGCUUUUCGGUAAAAAAUUGUGAGAUUAGUGUGGGAUAAAAAUCGCUAAUUUAAUUAUUACCCUUAUAAAAAAAAUCAUAUAUAUAUCACAAUCGACUUCAUCAAGCGCCAAUUCAUGUAAAUUUGCUAUUUCACUGCAAAAGUACAAGUAGUGCUACAAAUUGCUUUUCGUUCUGCUAAAACCUACUGUAUUUACCUACUUUCCUGCCCUAAAGAUUGAAUGAUAUUGUAACACAGUACUAGGCAAUUGCGUGAUGUUCAGGUUUACAAUGAUCAUGUGUUUUUUUUUUCAUUUGAACUUAAAGAGUCGCAGAUUAAAUUCAAACUUUUAUCUUUUUGUAGUAAAUGUUAAAAUAAGAAUUCCGCCAUGUUUUAACUAAAUGAUAAUUUGUAUAAUAAAGGAUAGAAUUUUGAUGUGAGACGGUGUGCGAUUUUUCUCACACAUCUCCAAUGAGAUAAUGUAAUAAUGAAAAUUGUGUAAAAAAAUUCCAAUAAAUAGAAAAUUAAUAUUAGUAAA